AUGUUUGUGAUUCUGGCCGUAGCGGCCAUUGUGAUCGCGGCAAUAUUUAUCAGAUUAUAUGAAAAAAAUAAGAAUGCAUUUUGCAAAUCCCAGAAGCGCCUGAACGGCAAAACUGCUCUUGUCACGGGCGGAACAGACGGCAUGGGCCUCCAGAUAGCCAUCGAAUUUGCCAAGAGGGGCGCCAGGGUCAUCGUCGCCUGUCCGUUUCCCAAAGAAGGAGCUGAAGCCCUGAAGAUCAUUGUCGAAGAGAGCGGCAACAAGAAUGUCGAGUUCAAACACCUCGAUCUUGCUUGUUUGAAAUCAGUGAGACAGUUCACAUCAGAUAUUCUAAAGAACGAAUCGCGUCUCGACAUUUUAAUAAACAACGCCGGAACAGCUGCGAGGGGGGAGUGCAAAACGGAGGAUGGAAUGAACUACGUAAUGCAGGUGAACUACUUCGGACAGUUCCUGCUGACCAUUCUGCUGCUACCGCUUUUAAUGAAGACCGGAACGCAACAGGAACCGAGUAGGAUAGUGAACACAGGAUCGAUCUUACAUCACGUAGGACAUAUCGACGUUCACAACUUGAACGGAAUAUCGGCAACAAACAAUUGGCUGUUAGUUCAAGUAUACGCCAACAGCAAAAUAGCUUUACUAUCAUUCAACUUCGAGUUAGCUAGGAGGCUGAGGGCCACUAACGUGGUGGUGAAUGCAGUUGAUCCUGGAGCUGUGGGAACGAACAUUUUCUUCGGAAUCAACUCAUUAGUGGGAACCGUGGUGAAGUUCUGCUUCCAAAGCAUGUACAAGACGCCAUGGGAAGGUGCGCAGACUGCAAUCCACGUGGCCUUGGAUGACGGCGCUGGCAAGUUGAGCGGAGGCUACUUCGCCAACUGCAACCCGACCGCUGCAAGUGGGCGUGCUUAUGACGAGGUUUCUGCGCGGCUAUUGUGGGAAGAAUCUUCCAAGCUGGUGGGCUUGACUGAAGAAGAAUUUCGGGCUCUGGAAGGCGCAGUUUUAGAGCACCGUAUG